CGUUUAAGCUUGUUUUAUACAUUAAAAGGGAUAUAACUUAACUAGAAAACUAUGGCUACCGAUGGAUUUGAAGAUACACUUCUAGAAUGUGGAAGUGACGCCGUCGGUGGUAGAAUAGGGAGCAAGUGUGAACCUUGUCGUCGUCGCGCCAGGUCAGAGGUGGCUUCGUUGUUCUGUAAUACAUGCAAGGUAUAUCUAUGCGAUGACUGCUGUGAUGGACACAAGGUGCACAUGACAAACGUGGAUGAACAUAACAUCGUUGCAGCCCAUGAAGCCGGUGUCAAGCCAGAUGUCGAUAUGAAGAGACUGGAUCAGUGUUGUGAACAUAAACGAGUUUUCAUGUUUCACUGUGAAGACCACGAAGAUUUGUGUUGUGAAAUAUGUGCCUUUUCUUGUCAUCGUAGAUGCGAUAAUAUCCACGAAAUAGCAAAAGUCGCUAAGAAUGUGAAAGAUGAUGAAAAGGAAACGAUACGUGCAUCCUAUAUCACUGCCUCAGAAGUUAUAAGGAAAUGCGAGGAGGAUCAAUUGAACAACGUUUCGCGAGUAGAAGAAAUCGUUAAAGAAAUUGAUAUUUACAAGGAAGACAUAUUGACAAAAAUUGAGGAAGCCAAGUCGAGAAUUGUCAACGAAAUGACUAAUCAUAACACACAGGAAGACGAACGUCUAAAUACGAGAAGAAACGCGGCUGAAAUCCUGAAGAGAGAACUUGACACGCACUUGGCAAUGCCAGAUAACGUUCGCGAGAAUGGAACGGAAUCGGAAAUAUUCAUUCUAAAUCAUAUUCUCAAAAGGACGCAAGCCAAGGCAUCACAGACACUGAACACUUUGUUGAAGAAUGAUUACACCGUCAAAGUGGGACUAGAAAUCAACGAAAACAUUUUAAAAAUAACAAAUACUGAUUUCGCACUAUUCUCAUUAAAUAAAACACUAGAACCAAACACACAAUUGUUGAAUGGAAACGAUGUAAUCAAAACAGCAAAAAUCUCUACAUACGAGAAACAAACAUACCAACAAAGGCCAGUGCGUCUGGAGCUUUUAAAGGCCAUGGAGCUCGUGAAGACAGGAGACGACCAGAUUGAGCCGUUUGUUAUUGGGCUGGACUACCUGCCGGACGGGAGGAUCGUCGCGGUGGAUAACUUGAACUGUAAAUGUUUUAUUUUGAGUGACACAUUGAAGAGGUUCGACACAUUUUAUAGGUUUAAGACAUAUCCUAGGGGCGUAACUUUUUACUCUGAUAACAAUAUUGCAGUAACCGUCAGUAACGGAUAUAUCUGCCUGCUGACUGUGGGCAGUGACAACACGAUCACGCUGAUGAAGACGCUGACCACGUCCUACUACUGCUUCUCCAUCUGUCCCCUGAACGACCGCACGUUCGUAGUGAGCACUUUUGACGACUCGAGGCCUGCCAGGAUGAUUGACGUGGACGGCAAGGAGAGCGACUUUGACAACGUGAAGUUUCCUGGAAAGACGUAUAAGCGUGGUGAAAAUCAAUGUACCUACAUACAAUCACGGGGUACUCUGGUCCUUACAGACAUGGAUGCUCACACAGUUCACAUGUAUAACACCGUAUCCAGCAAGGUCAAGGAGGUUAAAGAUGACCGGAUUCGUAAACCAAGAAGAGCAUGUGUUGGCCCAGAUGACUCCGUGUUUGUGUGCAGUGACAAGACAAACUCCAUCAUCCAGAUAUCACCCGACGGGGACAUACUGGUGUCAUGUGACUUCGACAUGAAGUUUCCGGUAGACGUUGCCGUCUCCAGGGAUGGCUCAAGAAUGGCCGUGAUCAACAGUUCGGGAGGCGAGAGAAAACUGAAACUGUUUAAAAUAAUACAAUAAAAGUGUUUUG